AAAUUAAUUAGAGCUAAGGAAAGCGAUGAAAUGGACAAGAUAAGAAAAGAAGUCAGGGAAGUAAAAAAGGGUAUCAAAAACGAUCUUAAGAGAAGAGAGAUUAAAUACGAAAACGAAAAGUUGGAGAAAAUUUUUUCAGUGUGCGAGGAGGUGGUAGGAACGCAAGUUAGUCUAGAUCAAAUUCAAGCAUAUUUUGAAGAAGAAGCAGAAUCAAAAUUUAAAAAAAUUGUUGAGGCUUAUACAGUGUUAUACAAUCCCAGCAAAAGAAAGAGAUAUGAUAAUAGCGAAGGGAGCUUUUGUUACGCUGAUUCUGAUUUUCAUGCAGCCUAUAAUACCGCCUACGAGGAAUUUGCGGAAUUAAUCGAAAGAGCGUUGAAGGAAACGAGAGGAGCAUUGAAAGAGGUCCGACAAGAUUUAGAAAA